CUAAGUGCUCCACCUGUUGAUAGCAAGGACCAUAACCUGGGCAGCUGCUUAAGAAUCAGAAGGGUCUUGAGCGUUUCAUCUCCUUUGUUUUAAAGAGAAGGAAACCAAGGCGAGGCACAGGAGAGGACCCGGCAGAGAUGGGUCUAGAACCCGGGACGUGUGGAGUUCUGGAAGAAGAGGUAUCCUGAAGGUCCAGGGUGCCUUUGCAGGGGCCGUAGAAGCCGCGGAGAUCGGUGUCCCGAAGAGACUAAGGUACCUGUUGCUACGAUUCUCUUUGUGGCCAGAUGGGUUUGUAUGGACAGGCUUGUCCAUCUGUAACUUCAUUAAGGAUGACAUCUGAACUGGAGAGCAGCCUAACAUCUAUGGACUGGUUACCACAGCUCACCAUGAGAGCAGCCAUCCAAAAAUCUGAUGCUGCACAAAAUGCACAUGGAACAGGAAUUUCCAAGAAGAAUGCACUCCUUGACCCAAAUACAACCCUGGACCAGGAAGAAGUCCAACAGCACAAAGAUGGGAAACCUCCAUACAGUUAUGCCAGCCUCAUUACAUUUGCAAUUAAUAGCUCACCCAAAAAGAAAAUGACUCUGAGUGAGAUUUACCAGUGGAUUUGUGAUAACUUCCCAUAUUAUAGAGAGGCUGGCAGUGGUUGGAAGAAUUCCAUCCGACAUAAUCUGUCACUGAACAAAUGUUUCCUUAAAGUGCCUCGAUCCAAGGAUGACCCUGGAAAGGGGUCUUAUUGGGCAAUAGACACCAAUCCGAAGGAAGAUGCGCUGCCUACUCGGCCAAAGAAGAGAGCACGAUCUGUAGAACGGGCCUCAACUCCAUAUAGCAUAGAUUCAGAUUCUUUGGGAAUGGAGUGUAUUAUUUCGGGAAGUGCCUCUCCAACUCUGGCAAUCAACACUGUGACUAACAAAGUAACAUUGUACAACACUGAUCAGGAUGGCAGUGAUAGCCCACGCAGUAGCCUUAACAACAGUCUCUCAGAUCAGAGUUUGGCGUCCGUUAACUUGAACAGUGUUGGAAGCGUGCAUAGUUACACACCGGUGACAAACCAUCCAGAACAAGUUUCUCAGUCAUUAACGCCUCAGCAGCAGCCACAGUACAACCUUCCAGAACGAGACAAACAAUUGCUUUUCUCAGAAUAUAAUUUUGAAGAUCUCAGUGCCUCAUUUCGGAGCCUUUAUAAGUCAGUUUUUGAGCAGUCACUUAGUCAACAAGGUUUGAUGAACAUCCCUUCCGAAUCUUCCCAGCAGUCCCACACUUCUUGUUCCUAUCAGCACUCUCCCAGCAGUACAGUGAGCUCUCACCCACACAGCAACCAAAGCAGCCUGACCAACAGUCACGGCAGUGCCCUCAACACCACGGGCAGUAAUUCGGUUGCACAGGUCUCACUGUCACAUCCCCAGAUGCACACACAGCCGUCUCCACAUCCGUCCCAUAGACCGCAUGGUUUACCGCAGCAUCCACAGCGUCCCCAGCACCCAGCACCACACCCACCGCAACACAACCAGCUCCAGUCACCUCACCCCCAGCACCCGUCUCCACACCAACACAUACAGCACCAUCCGAACCACCAGCAUCAGACGCAUCAGACGUUGACACAUCAGGCACCUCCACCCCCACAACAGGUAUCCUGUAAUUCUGGUGUUUCAAAUGAUUGGUAUGCAACACUUGAUAUGCUCAAAGAAAGCUGUCGAAUUGCCAGCAGUGUUAAUUGGUCAGAUGUAGACCUCUCACAGUUCCAAGGUUUGAUGGAGAGUAUGAGACAGGCAGAUCUCAAGAACUGGUCUUUAGAUCAGGUUCAAUUUGCUGAUCUCUGUUCAUCUCUUAAUCAGUUCUUUACACAAACUGGCCUUAUCCACUCACAGAGUAAUGUACAGCAGAAUGUCUGUCAUGGUGCCAUGCAUCCAGCAAAACCUUCCCAACACAUCGGAACAGGAAAUCUGUACAUAGACUCCAGGCAAAAUCUCCCUCCUUCAGUGAUGCCGCCCCCUGGUUAUCCUCACAUCCCACAGGCACUCAGCACUCCAGGAACAACAAUUGCAGGCCAUCACGGAGCCAUGAGCCAGCAGCACAUGAUGCCUUCCCAAGCCUUCCAGAUGCGGCGCUCUCUGCCUCCAGAUGACAUCCAGGACGACUUUGAUUGGGAUUCCAUUGUGUAGAGCGUGUUUCUCAAGGCACCAGACCCAGAGUCACCUUUCUGUGCAUUCGAAGGGAAAGGUUUAAGAGAGUCCAGUUGAGAAAACAAAGUUGCUAAUCAUUUUACCAAUGUUAUAAAAAAUUUUUUUGAAGACAAUCAAGAAGAUUUUAGCUGGAUGACUUACUGCUUUUAUCUGACCCAGACGAGUACUACAUGUUUGUCUCCCGCCAGCUGCCCUAUGUAGCUCCUAACUGUUGUGUGAUUUGAACAGCUUUUGCAUAUUGUGUCAGUUUGAUGUUGACCACAAGUGCCAGACUGAUUUUUCAGACAGAGCCUGUUUUGCUGCGAGCAGUUUAUAGAUGCAUAUGUAUAAAUAUGUGUACAAAAAUUACUAAAAGGCUUCAGUUUUUUUCUAAUUGGAUUAUUAUGUCUUGAGAAGAAAGUUACUGUGAGUUUUUAUUCCUUGUUAGGCUAUUUUCUGCAGGAUGCUUUUAACUGAUGUAGGCAACUGAAAGGAAAUAGAUUUUUUUCAAAGCCCAGUUCCCCUUAUUGAAAAUCUUUUUUGGAAAUGUGAGUAUUGAGUUCUCCUUAGUAAGUCAUAGAGAACCCAGAGUUUGAUACUCUCCGAACAAUCUAAAGGGGCAUGUUGUUCCCGAGGAGCAGGAAGGACUGACCGGAUGUUUUUUGAUGCCUGGGGGAUUCUAGAGUUCGUGUUGUACCUUGUCAGCAUCUGUUUUUCUAAGUCUACACUGUCUGCCAGUUCUAAAUGUGUUUGAUUGAUUAGAAUCUGGGCAUUCUUGGCUUUUUAAACAAAUCAGUGUCUCCACAUUCACUUACGUAUUUAUUAUUCAAAAGUGUUAUUUUAAUAUUUAUUGCUAUCUUCUGUGAAUGCCCAACUCCUGUUGGGUUCAUUAAGAAGAAAUGCAGUGUCUGCAAGCACAGAAUUAGUUUUCUUGAUAAGAGUUUACAGACAAGACAAUCAGAGAGAGAUUGUGUCUUUCUCUUUGUCAUUAUUCCUGCCUUGUGAGUAUAUUCUCUAUCUUUGCGUUCCUGCUGAUUGAGACAUUAGCUCAGUAAGAUUUUCUGGAAUUUGAAUCUGAGCUCAUUUGGGCAACAGAACAGCAGGGCAGUGCUUGUAAAGCAACUUCCCGCCCCCGCAUUCUCUUUCCAUUUAGGGAGCACUGAAAGGAGCUUAGAGCCACACGUGGGUUUUAUUUGCCUCACUCUCCAGUGUAGUUAUUGUCGCGUGGCCUGCUGUUUCUGUUGUCCUGUGUGUCUGUGUAUGCAUGCCGUUUGGUUCCUUUCUUUGAAUGCAGCCUGCAUCUUAGGAUUUUUUAUUAGUUUGUUUUUUUGGUUGUUGUUUUGUUUUAUAUCACAGUUAUUUUGCAUGGAUUGAUUGUCUUAGUUUUAUAAUGAAACUGAGAGAAAUGAGAUUUCUUUUUUCAAUGAAUAGAUUUUGAAUUGGUUCUUUAGUCCAAAAACAGAUUUUUUUUUUCUCAGUUCUAAUGGGAAAAUAAAAUGUUCCAUCAAAUCGAGGAGUACUAACUGCUCACUGGUUGCUCUUUAGCAUUACUAGUCUGUGUCAGCCAUGCUUAAGUCACUUUAAUUACCCUUACUGAUUCUGUGAUUAAGUAAUCUCUACUUGGACUAAGCAAAACAUCUUUAUUUCUCUGUGUGUAUGUGAGAGUGUUUGUGAACGUCCGUGGGUAUUUUUUUAAUGGAGUGUUGCCUUGAAUGAAUUACUGGGAAGCCAGCCAUGGUGAGGGCUGGUGAGGUUGGGGAGAAAGGAAGGGCUCUAUGUUCCUGUUGUUUGGACCCUGCUUGGCAUGAAAAAGGAAAUUCAGUUCCAGUCCCUUGGAUCAGUAAAAAUCGGGGGAUUCUGGAAAGGCAGCCAAUAGGCCCCUGUUAGAUGGAUCAGAGGCAAGAUGAGAUAGCAGCCUGCAGAGAAAAAGCUUGGGAAAAACGGGGGGAGGGUGAUUCUUAGUCUGCACAAGUCAUUGUUCUCUAGAUACCAAAAUAACUGUUUUGAAACUUUAAAUUGUGUGGGUAGCAGUGUGCACUUUAAACAAUUUGAGUAUUGGAAUGCAGUAGCUUAUACUGAGUGAUUCAAGUAGAAACCACUGAUGAAGAUUUUACAAAUUGUGUGAAGCUAAUUUCCCAUUCAGCAAUCAUUUACUGAUUUGCAGUGAUGAAUAUUUUUGUGACAAUUUAAACUUACCAUGAAUGGCCCUGGAGGCAGAGCCUCCACCCAGACCCAUCCCACUCUAGUUAAUGCACAUGAGUGGGAAGCCCAGGACAGGCCUCCUGGUGGUUCCGGCCAGACACAGCUACCUGGCGAGGUGCACCACAUCCCUCUAGUGGCUGUCUCAGUGGGUAGUUGUUAUUGCAAAGCAAGUUCUGUCUUGGGCUUAAAUUGACUGAAGACUUGGGGAAAAGAAUGAAAUGCAUAUAAUCAAAUGGGGGCACUCUGUCCAGGAGAAUAAUCCGACUGGCAUUUGUGGCAGUUUUUGAAAUGUAAAUGUAUUCAUGUGUGUUCUUGUAAAUACAUGUCUUUCAGAUGUCCUUUGAAGUGGGAGGGAAUCAAUCUGGGGAUUAUUUCAAAUGGAAUAGAGUAUUUUGAUAUUGUUCAUUCAGAGGGUGAUGUGUACAUAUCUAUAUUGUAUAUAUGUGAUGAAAUGCAUUGGCUUUUUGUGCAAACACAAUCUGCUCUCUGUACUGCUGUUGGCCAGUCAGUGUUUUAAUGUUUCUACAGUUUUGCUAUUGCACGAUUUCAUAUUUUGCCUCUAUGAUGAACGGCACCCAUUCUUUGUAACUGUUUAGUGCUGUAAAGAAAUAUUCCAAGUGUCAUUAGGAUUGUUGCUGCCAGAAGUGAUAUGCAUGAAUGGCACUUAAAAUAAAUAUAUUAUGUUAACUCUA